AUGUCUACUCCCAGUCCCAAACGCGUUUGCAUCGUCGGUGCUGGAGCCUCUGGGAUGUCGGCCGCAUAUGCCCUGAGUAGGCAUCCCGACAGGUACCAGGUGACAGUGUUCGAUAAGCAGGACUUCGCGGGCGGUAUGGCGACGUCGAUCGACAUCGACGCUGAGAAGUACGGAGCCGCGUACAUCAAUGACGGCGUCCAGGGCUGUAGCCCCGUGUUCGCGAAUACCUUACGGAUCUUCCGAAUGCUCGGCUUCGAGGCUACCGAAGUUGGGAUGCAGAUAAGCUUUGGCAAAGACAAAGAUUUCUGGACAAACGUCUUCCCGUCGUCGCUUGUAGCCCAAUUCCAAGGCGACAUCAAGAAGUUCGGGACCGCGCUAUCCAUAAUCAAGAAAUUCGAGCCUUUCUUUGCUAUGAUACCCGUCCACACGAUGUUAAAAAUGUUUGGAUUCUCGAAAGACUUCGGUGAUAAGAUGGUGUACCCCUUGGUGGCUUUGUUCUUCGGGACGGGCAAUCAAACACCCUAUAUUUCAUCAGCCAUUCUGGAACGGGUAUUCAAAGACCCCAGCAUGCGCCUCUUCGAGUAUUCGGAGAAGAGUUUGCUCGCAAGCAUCCCGACCAUGUUAGCAUUCCCGAAGCUUCAUGAUGUAUAUGAAGCCUGGAAGACGGAGGCAGCCUCGCGCGGCAACGUUAACUUCCGACUCGGUCAUGAAGUCGUCGAGGUGAUGUCGCGCCAUGCAAAAGGUGGCACCAAUGGUUCCGGUCCUGUUCACAUCAAGCCGAAAUACUCAAGAGAUGGUCAAGAAAGCCUCGAGGAGGAAUUCUUUGACGAGCUCAUCCUGGCUGUUGAUGCGGACUCUUGCCUCAAGUUGUUGAACAAACAGUCGACGUGGAUGGAGCGAAAGGUCCUCGGCAACGUCAAGUAUCUGUACGACGUGACGAUCACUCACAAUGAUCUAGACUACAUGCGGAAGUAUUACGAAACGCAAUAUGACCCAUCCCACAACGCGCCUUUGGAGGCGAGUGGGUCUGCGCAAGAGCGUCAAGAAACGGAAGAUUCCUUCAAGUUUGCAAAGGACAACUUCCGUCCGCUGUACUACACCAUGCAGUAUCCUCAAGACAAGUCGAAGAUCGAGAUGAGCUUCGAUCUGACGCAUUAUCAGCCGCAGUUCCGAGGCGAGAAACCUGCCGGUCCCAUUGACUCCGAGGACAGGUCAGACCAUCGGAACGAGUGUGAACACGCGCAGAUCACUCGCGACGCACAAGAUCCGACUAAGGGUGAGGUUGGCGCGAGCGCACGUACGGGCAAGGAUGCAGACGGGCAGUCGGAGCCUCCGUUGGAGCAGCACGUCUUUCAAACCAUCUUCCUGGACAGGGACGGCUCGCAGGACCUAUGGACGUGGAAGGACAUCACCCCCGAGAAGAAGAUCUACGAGAAGUGGUGGAAGCAGCAAAGCCACCGCUGGCAGCACUACGCUGGCACUGUCCCCUGGAUGAUGUGGAUCAACGGCAAGAACCAUACUUACUUCGCCGGAGCGUGGUCUAUCCUCAAUAUGCACGAAUUGGCCGUCACAUCUGGCUUCGCGGCUGCUUAUCGCCUGGGGGCCGAGUAUCCAUUCCACGGCGACGAGGACUGUGAGCGUCUCUUCAGGAUGUACUUGGCCGCUAGUCACGGUGUGCGUAUGAGGAAGGAGGAUAGGGAGGGCUUGUUUGCAUAA